AUGUCGCAUCUGAAAGAAAAGUUGAACACAACAUUGGAAGAAUGCAAGGGCAAUUUCAAAAGUGCUGUGAGCCGGAGAUGUAGUUAUGAUGUCAAAAACAGAACAACAGCUUGUCCAAACGGAAACAACUCGAGAUUCUGGAAAAAAAGUGAACAAAUUUCAAUACCAAAACUAAUUUCCGAAAGAAAAAACAAGCCGCUGAAUGAAACUGCUCAAAUCACUUUUUUAUUAAAUGAAAUGUUCACUAAUAUAGAACAACACAGCUUUCCAAGUUGCAGAUAUUCUCAAGACUUCACUGAGAGAACGAAACAUACAUCAAGUAAAGGUCAUUCGAGCUUCUGGAAAAAAUCUGAAAAAUUUAAAAUACAGGAAAUCAUAGAAGAAAAAAAUAAUACUUCACUGUGGCUCAAAAACUUGGAUAAGUGCAAAGAAAACGUGAAUCAAUUAAUUAAUCACAGAUACAAUUACGACUUUACCCAUAGAGAAUUGCCUGAUUUCAAACAAUCUAACUCAUGGAAAAAAAGUGAAAGAUCGCCAUUAUCAAAAGCCAUUUUGGAGCAAGAAAAUAGUGAAAAAGACGAGACAACACAGAGUGACUCUUCAUCGGAUGAGCCCGUUAGCGAGAUGGGUAACUACAACCUGAAAAGUGACAAAAUCGUGUUGUUCGAAAGAGUCUCAAAUGUUGCUUCUAAAGAACUUAUGUACAAAAAAACGACCGUGAUGUUUGAACAGACAGCAGAAGCUAGUCGCAUGUCAAAGAAGAGACAGAAGAAGAUUGUUGACAGUAGGCAGAGCUCUUUGAUGCGUGCUUAUGAAUAUCGUUGGUUCGUCAGGCCAUCAGUUGUUUCGUCGCGAAUCAUCAGCGUCCAUUCAACGAAUGAUUUGGACAGGAUGGUCAACUUGGACACCUCACGUGAAGUUACAGUGAAAAUGUUAAUUAAUGAGGACACGAGAGCUUCGAGCAUGUCACGUGAUGAUUCUCUCGAUGCAUCAGAACUUGACAAAACGAUCACAUUUAAUGAAAACAAUAGAUCAACAGGUCUGGAUAUGAUGGACAAUUUGGAUACUUCAUAUGACGAGAUAUUCAACCAAACGGACGAUCUGAUGAAUGAGGGCAUGCUACAAAACGAAUCUGGAGAUUCGAACGAUACAUUAACUGACGAACCUAAUUGUGGUCGAGAAAAUCAGGAUGUUACGUUGAGUUUGCUGGCCUCACACAAUGAAAACCACAUAGCAAACAAUGUGGAUCCGACAGAACAUUCCAUCAACUCGCGUCGUAAGACAUUUAAAAGACCGACAGCUUCAAAGACAUCAAACAGUGGACUGGGAGAUCUGAAGAUGAGUAUGAUGUUCAACAGGAACGCGGAUUUGAACAAGUCAGGCGGUACAAGAAGAAACUCCAUGUAUUUAAGCAAACCACGCACGGUUCAAAGAAUUCUGCCAAAUUUGGUAGUUGAAUCAGUUUGUGUAGAAAAAGACAUGAAGCUGAAAUCAAAAAUGUCACAACAUGAUGGCAUCAAUAAAGGAUCGAAAUAUCCAAAGAUGUUGGAAGGUGAGAUAUCAGGAGAGGUUUUGGUUUGA